GCUCGGCCAAUGGCGGGGCGGGGCGGCCCCGCGCGGGGCACGCCGGGAAUAUGGAGAACUUCUCGGCGCUGUUCGGCGCGGCCGAGCCGCCGCCCGCCGCCGCCGCCGCGCUCGGAUUCGGGCCCGCCAAGGCGCCGGGCGCCGGAGCCGCACCGCCGCCCGCCGCCUCGGCUGCCGCGCCGCCGCCGGGCGAGGACGCGGCCCGCAAGGCCGCCGCCGGCCCUUUCUACCUGCUGCGGGAGCUGCCAGGCACUACAGAGUUGACGGGCAGCACCAACCUGAUCACACACUAUAACCUGGAGCACGCCUACAACAAGUUCUGCGGGAAGAAGGUGAAGGAGAAGCUCAGUAACUUCCUCCCCGACCUGCCCGGCAUGAUCGACCUGCCCGGCUCCCACGACAGCAGCAGCUUGCGCUCGCUCAUCGAGAAGCCCCCCAUCUGUGGCAGCUCCUUCACCCCGCUCACGGGGGCCAUGCUGACCGGUUUCCGCCUGCACGCCGGCCCGCUGCCUGAGCAGUGCCGGCUGAUGCACAUCCAGCCGCCCAAGAAGAAGAACAAGCACAAGCACAAACAGAGCCGCACGCAGGACCCCGUCCCCCCAGAAACCCCCUCAGACUCCGACCACAAGAAGAAAAAGAAGAAAAAAGAGGAGGAUCCAGAGCGGAAGAGGAAGAAGAAAGAGAAGAAGAAAAAGAAGAACCGGCACAGCCCAGAGCACCCAGGGGUGGGCAGCUCCCAGGCCAGCAGCAGCUUACGUCACCUUUUAAAGUCUGCUCUGAGGAGGGGCUGGUGGCCAUGGCUGUGUGACCCUCGGCUGUAACGGAGGAGCCCAAACCAAGGUGACCCUGGUGCAUGUGGGGUGCCCUCCUUUGGAUCCCAAACCUCACCAGCACCCAUGACACCUUCCCUGGAGCUGCAUUUCCCAUGCCUGGAAAAUCCUUACCUUCUGUGGGAGCAGAGUUUGCCUCAAGGUGGUGCCUCCCCAAAACUGGGCCAGGCUCAUCUCUUACCAGACCCUCUUCUCUCACUCCCUCGGGAUCAGGGGGAAAACCGAGACCCUGACGAUCAGGAGCCCUGGAGGGGCUGCUCCAUCCCCGGACGCCAAACAAAGCACACGCACGGCCCCGGGGUGGCUCAUUAAAUAUCCUUUUAUUCCUCGUUUUUAAAAUGGCUGAUAAUAAUAAAAAACCCUGGCGUGGCUGUGCGGGGCCACGGGCGCUAUUGCUGUAGAGAAA